AUGUUAUAGCAACAAAAGAAUCUUGAAGGAUAUGUGGGGUUUGCAAACCUUCCUAAUCAAGUGUACAGAAAGUCUGUGAAGAGAGGAUUUGAAUUCACAUUGAUGGUUGUGGGUGAAUCAGGAUUAGGAAAAUCGACGCUUAUCAACUCUUUGUUUCUGACAGACUUGUAUUCAUCAGAGUACCCCGGCCCUUCACAUAGGAUCAAAAAAACAGUCAUGGUGGAACAGUCAAAAGUAUUCAUUAAAGAAGGUGGUGUUCAACUACUACUCACAAUAGUCGAUACUCCUGGAUUUGGAGAUGCUGUGGACAACAGUAACUGCUGGCAACCUGUCAUUGAUCACAUAGACAGCAAGUUUGAAGAUUACCUUAACGCUGAAUCCCGUGUGAAUCGACGCCAAAUGCCAGACAGCAGAGUCCACUGUUGUUUAUACUUUAUUGCUCCUUCAGGUCAUGGAUUAAAGCCUUUGGAUAUUGAAUUCAUGAAGCGCCUACAUGAGAAAGUUAACAUCAUUCCACUCAUUGCCAAAGCUGACACCCUCACUCCAGAAGAAUGCCAACAGUUCAAGAGACAGGUGAUGAAAGAAAUCCAAGAACACAAAAUAAAGAUCUAUGAAUUCCCAGAAACUGAUGAUGAAGAAGAAAAUAAGUUGGUAAAAAAGAUAAAGGAUCGUUUACCUCUUGCUGUUGUAGGUAGUAAUACUAUCAUAGAGGUGAAUGGAAAACGUGUUAGGGGCCGACAGUACCCUUGGGGAGUUGCAGAAGUUGAAAAUAGUGAGCACUGUGACUUCACAAUCCUACGAAACAUGCUGAUCAGAACCCACAUGCAGGACCUGAAGGAUGUAACCAACAAUGUUCAUUAUGAAAACUACAGGAGCAGAAAGUUGGCUGCAGUUACAUACAAUGGCGUUGAUAACAAUAAGAACAAAGGACAGUUAACCAAAUUUGACACAGUUGAAGGCAUAAGCCCUCUAGCCCAGAUGGAGGAAGAACGGAGAGAACACGUGGCGAAGAUGAAGAAGAUGGAAAUGGAAAUGGAGCAAGUCUUUGAAAUGAAAGUCAAAGAGAAAAUACAGAAGCUGAAAGAUUCUGAGGCAGAGCUCCAGAGACGCCAUGAACAAAUGAAGAAAAAUUUAGAAGCACAGCACAAAGAGCUUGAGGAGAAGCGCCGCCAAUUUGAAGAUGAGAAGCAGAACUGGGAGGCUCAGCAGCGCAUCUUGGAGCAGCAAAAGCUGGAUUCCACAAGGACCUUGGAAAAGAACAAGAAGAAAGGGAAGAUCUUUUAAACAUUUGAAGGCCACCAAUUAUGUACUUGCCAAUUUGCCAGCCCUGGACAUAAUUUUUUUGUUGAAAGGAUUCAACUUUGCACCUAUUAUCUCUAUAAUGUUAAUGUAUUAGCAUGUGAAAUGGCCAACUUAAUACUAUGUACAUUAAUUUCUAUUUGUAGUCUCUGGUAUAGGAACUUAGACAAGUCUCACGUUACCUGGGGUGUAUUGUAUGUAGAGACACAACAUCUGAAUUUUUUUUAAAGAACCUGAUGCCUCCCUUUUUAUGCCAAUUAAUGUAUUCCUGUUAUGCAAUCAUGUUCUGGUGGUUUGUUUACAGAAUAUUGUCUGUUCUUCCACAGAUGUAAGAACUUUGAAAGAUGGUUAGAAGAAACAGUCUUAUAAUUUGUUGUAGUUAUACUCUGUUUUAAGAACCAACACCAGUGUAUCUGAUGUGAAUAGAGCAGAGAUUGUCCAACUCAUUCUGGUUCAUGGCCAACAUCUGUUCUUCCACCUUUCACUGUUCCUUCCCCAAAACAUCCAGAAAUAUUUAAACUAACAGGCUCAGCCACUUAUGUAAUGUGUUGUCUUAGAUUUUUCUGUUUUUA